AUGUCUUUCCCUAACCCCGACACAUACGUCCCCACCACCGCCCCGGCCAAGCGCGGCCCAUCUCUUCGAGUCCGAAUCCCUCAGUUGGAACACAGCAGCGAGGCUAAAUUCAAAGGUGAAAUAUUUGUUCCCAACUUGACGCUUUCCGCUGCUGUCAAUGAAGCCUCGAAACAACCACUACCCGAGUAUGCCGAGUACUCCCGUGAGCGAGCUCAAGUUUCUAGUUUCGCAAUGGAGCAUUCAGGCGACAAUGGUAAGAUGGACUACCUCCACUGGAAACUCUUCCACAACGGCCGACCAGCUGGUCCUUGGGACGUAUGUCCAUGUGAGUCGGAUAUUUUUGAAUCUCCCGAUGCGGACGAAGAGUCUCGGGCAAAGGAAGAGCUAGAGCGGCGGUUGAACGAAUUGCAGCAAGAGUUUGGUUCACCUAACUACGCCCCGAAUACGGCAGAGAUCAACAACGCAAUCUGGAAUGAUCUCUUUGGAAGCCCUGGAAAGAGUAGUCCCUCGCAGCGCGUUUCCCUCGACCUUGCACCGUUAGCUCUAGAGGAUAAAGACGAAGACAUCGCCAAGGAACAGACUAACGAUUGUGGACUUGCAGCUUCGCAAACAUCUGAUCAUGCUGCAGCUUUGAACCCUGCCGUUAUGUCUUUCGAAAUGCCCGAGCCAGACUUUGCUGUCUCAGAACGACCUCAUGAGUCUUCCCAGCCCGACAUCAACAAGUCUUGA